CCCAACCAGGGGCACGGCGGCGGUGGCGGCCGCGCCCCUCCUCAUGCUACUUCGAGCCGCUCUUCCCCAACUCGACCACGCUCCCCUUCAACUCCUCGUACGACCACCUCAUCGGCGGUCACCAGAACCUCCCCGCGAUGCCUCUGGGGAGGGCGUCGGCGCUGGACGCGGUCCGGGCGCUCUCCCGCCCGGGCGCGACCCCGGAGCGCGGCGCCAAGGAGGUGGCGGCGCUGGUCAGGCUGGUGGUCAUGACGUCGGAAGCGCUGCGGUGGAAGCCGAUCCGCGAGGCGUUCGGCGGGGACUGGGAGAGCGAGAUCUUCAUCACCAGGGAGCAGGCUGAGCUCGUGCCGCGCUGGGUGGACCUCUCGUACCUCGUGUUUCGGUGGGAGGCGACUGGAGCGCGUGGGGAGGAGAAGGCGUGGAGGCCAAGGGGCUCGAGGAGAUCGGCGUCCACAAUGCGGCCCAGGCACUUUCCAUCCUCGAUCUUCUCAAGCGGCCGAGAGAGCUGUGUGUCGGCCUAGGCCGGGACCAUGGCGAAGACGUUGACGACGAUGAAGCCGACGAGAGCGGCAUCGCCGGAGAAGGAGGAGCAGACGCGGCAGCGCUGCACCAAGACCUCUGACGGCCGUCUCUCCAUCCAUCGAUCGGAGGUGACUAAUGAGGCCGCCAUCGAUAUGAUGCUCUAGUUUAGAUGGUUUCCAUGGGAGCGUGUCUGUGGUGUCGUACUGGUUGUGCGUUUAAUUGUUUGCCCUUUGGCUCUGUUUGUGUGUUGUUCUAGCUGUUGCCCAUGGAGCUCGCCUCCGGUGCCGUGUAGUUUCGUCAAGCAGCCAUGUGUUGGCAGGGUUUGCAGGACCAUGGAGGUUUUUGCUCUGUAUCCUGCUAACUACAUGGAUGAACCCAGUGUAUGUUAGAAAAAAAAUGUGCCUAGGUUAUUGGAGAGGAGGAGGAGGAAUAAAGGGUAUAUGUGAGAUGUUUGGUUU